GUUGUUAUUUUGAUCUACUUUAUUUGUUUUUUUUUCUGUUGAUCGAAGGAUGUCCCCGCGAAAGGAGAAGCGAGAUGCUCGUUAUUGGCGCCGACAGGCAGCCACUUUGCCGGAGUUCGUGCCGCCGGCUCAGCAUAAACAGGACCUAUUGCAGCUGCAGCAUCGAGCCUCGAUCCUGUGGUCGCCACAGCUGCUGGAAGAGGACGAAAAGAAUGUUCGCGAAUACCUGGAUUUUGCGGCUAGUCACUACAAUAUCGAGGAGGAGCAGGCGCUCUUCAUCCUGCGUCGUCACGGAUUCGACCUGACGAUGGCCCGUCGACGUUUGCCGAGGGUUGAGACAGCUCGAGGAUGCCGCUACCAUCGCUGGAAGGCCCAGGAUCUCGUCCGACUUUCGAAGGCCUUCGAGAAACACGGCACCGACUUUGUGAAGGUCCGGGAGCUGUUACCUCACUUUCCAUUGGCCGAAGUUCGGCUUUAUUUCUCCUUCAUGUACUCCACUUAGGGUUCAGAAGACAUCAUUCCUUUCGAGUAUUAACUAAUUCAACCAACAUCGAUUGGUCUAGCACCUACAAGCAUGGUGAUUUAUUCUAGAUCCAUACUGUUUCAAAGCACAAUGUAAAAUGUACUUUAACUUAAUUUGAUCAAACUAGAAUGUCUUGAUUGUUAAUUGUUGUUAAAGUGCAUGACGAAUUAGACUUUGAUAUGUUGGUUGGUAUUCCGUUCCAAUAAUAAAUCGAGUCUUCCAAACAUGCUCCACAUUGAUUAGUUAAUAUUCCUAGAGUUUUUUUUAUGUGUUAAUACUCAAAACGUAGGAUCAAUAUUCCUAGAUCAUAAUAUCUCCUCCAAGCAUGGUGAUUUAGAAGAUACUUUAAAUUAAAAAAAAUAAAUCUUAGAAUGCCCUGAAUAAAAGUUAUUGUUAAAAAGAAAACUAACAAGAGCCCCGGAAUCCUGGGCUCCCAUAAAUUUCAUGAUUCAGAUUAUUGCCCUUAGAUUGGCAUAGGU